AUGUGUUGCUGCUGUGAUGUAGAUUGCAAAUUCAGGCCACUUGGGUUUCUCUUAGGUCUGCCUUUCGCUUUCUUGUCUCUCAUAAUCUCCCUUGUUAGUUUGAUUGUUUGGAUUGUUGGGUUGGCUUUGACAUGCAUAUGUCCAUGCUGCCUUUGCGUGACUCUCCUAGUUGAGUUUGCUCUGGUGCUCAUCGAGGCUCCAAUUUUGGUUAUGGAGUGGUUCAUCUCCAAGAUUCCAUGUUAG